AUGCGUCGCACUCCGCGUCCCCGCUGCGGGCACGGCCCCAACCUUGCCUCGCUGACCAACCAAGUCAAUCGCAGUGAGCGGCUGCGCAAGUGGGGCAGUGCCGGGGCCCCGCCAGGGAUUCCCCGCAUCCCGCGGCUGGAGGCCAAGUCCAUCGCCGUCCUGCACGAGUCGCCCAAAGUGAUGCUGGCUGGACGCAAUCACUGCAACAACUUUGACAGCAACCAGUACAUGCUGAUCAAUAGGGCCACGAAGCACUGCAUGCUCAUCGACGCCGCGGAUGACUGGCCGGAUGACUGGGCCGCCUUCAUCGCCUCCUCGUCGCUCACCCUGACGCACAUUUUUCUCACACACUGUCAUAUUGACAACGUCAUCAACUUGAAUGCCUUUCUGAGCAUCUGUGGACGUCGGCAGCAGCAGCCGAGAGAGCACGACAAGGAGGAGCUAGAUUUGGAACACGCGGAAGGUAGUGACGGUAGUGAGGAGAUUGCCCUCCUGUGGUGCCCCGCGGAGGAGUGCUGGGUGCAGAAUUUUGGGCGUGCCUGCGAGCGCUACCGCCGCUUUGAAGAGAUGCAUGUGACCUUGCCCAUGAUGCGGCGGAACCUCUACACGCCGCAGCACAUGGGGGACGCUGCAGCCUCCGGGUUUCCUGACCCGCGUGCCGCUCGCCGGGGUUUUUUUCGGCGAAACGACAUGCUCCUCUCCACCGCCACGAAUCGGGCAUCCUCGUUCAUCGACUUUGGGGAUGGCGUGCUGCUGUACUACAUCUUCUCCCCAGGUCAUUCGCCGGGCCACAUGAUGCUGCACGUGCCCACAGAAAAGCUCCUCUUCACGGGCGAUCUUCUGUUUUACAACAAAGUGGGCCGCGUGGACUUGCCGUGGGCGACGGGAACCCGCCUCGCCGAGAGCCUGCGGCUGUUUGAGGUCAUGCCGGACAACACCGUCGUGUUGCCUGGUCACGGGCGCAUGACAACGCUGGGGCGGGAGCGCCGCGAAAACAAGGCGCUGCGGCAGUGUUACCAGCGGCAGGAGAUUGGGCAGCAGACGGUCUCCAUUGGGUUCAAUGAGGGGUACCUUUAG